GUCGCCGUGGGCAUUUCCUACCUCGCCGCCAGUGGGUCCAGUGUGGAUAUCUGCGUUGUUGUUGUUGGGAUGGGCCGUCAAUGUUGUUGAUCUGGUCUGCAGGCUUCUCGACCGGCAUUUAAGUUGUAGCCAUGGCAGAAAUUAUCCAAAAAUUGACAUGGCCCGACGACGAGCAUUUAAAGACAGGAGUGGAUUUCUCAGCACCAUCUGAUAAAGUUGUAGAUGGUUGGCUGAUGAUGUCUAAUGGAACCCCAGUCACCCUCAUUUUAGCGGGCUACCUCUACUUUAUUUUUUAUUUGGGGCCUAAGCUGAUGGAAGGUCGAAAACCAUUCAAUCUAAAAUAUGUUAUGAUAGUCUACAAUUUAUGCAAUGUCGUUUUUUCGAGUUGGCUAUGUUGGCAGCUUCUUGGUGAUCCAGAUGCCAUGUCCUAUAUAUACCAAUAUCAGUGUGCUCCGAAAAGUAGGCACACUAAUCAUCUUGUCUAUAAAAUGAAUUCAAAUUCCUGGUUUUAUUUUGUUUCAAAAAUGUUUGAAUUACUUGACACAGUAUUCUUUGUCCUAAGGAAAAAACAAAAUCAAAUUACUGUUCUGCAUGUGUAUCAUCAUGCUAACAUGGUUGUUUCAACUUGGGCAUAUCUAAAGUAUAUAAGAGGGGAACAAGGUUUAUUGAUAGGCUUCAUAAAUAGUUUUGUUCAUAUCGUUAUGUAUUCCUACUACUUAUUAGCUGCGUUUGGACCUCGUGUACAGAAGUAUUUAUGGUGGAAAAAAUACAUCACCAAGAUUCAGCUGGGCCAGUUUAUUAUUGUACUAAGCUAUUGUGCCUACCUGUUGAUAAAGAACUGCCAAUUUCCAAAAGGUCUGACUUACUAUGCUGUUUUCCAAGCAACUGUGUUCCUUAUUCUCUUUAUGAAUUUCUACAGAAAAGCUUACAUCCAGAAUAAAUUAAAUAAAGAAAUAAAUAAAACCAAGUCAUCUUAAAUAUAAAAAUUUUAGGCUAAUGUUAAUUUUGUACAGUAUGUACUUAUUGUGUAAAUAUUUAUCAAAAUGUUGCUAAUGAUAGUUCUCUUUAGAGAACCUGCAUUUACUGUAUUUCUUAUAAAUAUAUAUUUAGAUGAAUAUUUUCAGAAAUAGAAUAUAGCAAUUAUACUCUGGUUCACAGGACUAUUGAUAUAUGUUACUCAUAUAUUAAGAAGUCGGAUAACUGAUAUGACUAUGAUAAAUGAAUAGAGAUUUUAAGCACUGUAAAAAUCCUUUGAAAAAAGUUUACAUGUUUUUGCUAAAAUAAUCAUAAGGAAAAAUGACUUGUUUGGUACAAACAUGUUAAAAUAAACUUAUUUUAUUUGUGAAAUAGUGAACUACAGGGUAAUCAAUGAAACCAAAAAAAUUAAUAAGUAGGAUAAAUAUAACUUCAAUGUGAUGACAAAAUGAGAUAUGGGCUAAUUGGAAUGAAUGUGCUCUGAGUACACAAACCAUUGAAAAUUGUUGUAAAAUGAUAGUGGUUGAAAUCUGAAGAACUGUAGAUUUAUCUUUAAAAUUGCUUUGACAGAUUGACUUGGAUGUGCUGAAAAUUUAUUUUUUAAUAAAAUAACAUUCUGGGAAGGUUUCGGUAUAAACAAAAAAAUAAUAUUUUUGUUCAGUGAUGAUUAAAAUAUAAGACAAAAACUCAAAUUUUAUUCCUUGGAAGUACAAAAAAAAAUCAACUUCUCAAAACAAUGGAUUAAACUACUCUCAUUCUAACUGGUCCAAAUGUGAACAUUGCUAAUAUAAUAAAUGGAGCUAAGUAAUCUCAGCUGUGCUACUGUAUCUUGUGAUUUCAUGUAUAUAUUAUGUGUAAAAUUGUUGUGUUUAUUGUGGAAGGCCGUUAUUCUCCAAUAUUUACAUCACAAUAUUUGAUAGUUGUGAUAUUGAUGUAAAUUUCUGAGUUUUGAUAAUGAAACGAACUGUUUUUACAAAAAUUAUGUCUGAAAAUUAAAAAAUGUUUUUUUUUAUGUAAAUAUUUUCAAUAAAAUCGUUCAUUUGUAA